AUUGUUAUCUCCAGUAUUCAUCGAUCAAGUCAGCUGGCUGUCGAUAAGGCGUAAUAUGUUGACAAGGGCGCGAACCAGCAGAUAAAACAAUGUUCUCGAAUUGCAAUCCGGCAGCGUGGUUCGAGUCGCAGAUUGAAAUUCGUAACCAGAUCGCCGGGUCCGAGUCACUAGCCGGCCACUCACGGCGAAAAUAAUGCAGGGCUUUCAGACGCACUUUACCAAACGGCGAACGGUGCCGACGGUGCUCAAAAAGCUUGAAUGUCAGUGCAGCUAUGAUACCUACGCUCAACCAGAUAACCGAUCCAGUCCAAGUCCGAUCAUUGGCAAGCUUGACCGCGCUCGGGCCUCCGAAUAUCGCAGAAUUGAGGUCCAAACGGUUGAUUUAUGGAAGUCAAAUCCCCAUAACGUCAACAUAUGGCCAACCAUUCUCCCUCGCUGUCAGGAAAGCUGCCGGGCAUGCCAGAUCACGGCCAUCGCAACCAGUUGCCGAUCUCCAGCCAUGUCCCAACUGGGUGCAAACGCAAACGCCCUAACCGUUAGUCGGAAUUGAGACUAUUAUUGACUGACAUCAGUUGGCCACGCAGCUGGUAAAUAUUGAGUGAUGAACCCGACUGCGCUGCCGAGGUCUGCUCUGAACCGUCAUGACAGGCCCUCAGGGUCGGCAGCGCCGGCUGCUCUUCUUCAAGCCUUUCAAAAUCUGGUCGUGCGACCACCUGGAUCAGCAGCGACAGUGAGAACACUGCUGCCGCUGCAGCUGCCGUCGUCGCUGCCAUUGUCGCCGUUACUGUCACCGUCGCCAGCAUGGCAGAUCUAGAUUCAGGGGCGGACAUGGCGCCAAAGCCGGGCUUCACCGCCGAAGCAUUCUCAUUAUAUGGCGUGGGAGUGGUUUUCAUCAUCGCGCGUCUCGCAGGAAAAAUCCGGCGGGUUGGAUUCAACAACCUCGAAAUUGACGAUGGGUUCAUCGCAUGGGGCCUGAUAUGGUACACGAUUCUGUGCGUGUCGCUCCAUGAGAUGGCCACCGGGAUCGGCUCGAAUUUCAUGACCGCCAAAGAAGAAGCAACUCUCACGCCAGAGACCACGGCGCAACGAGUCCGCGGGAGCAAAUGGGUCUAUGUUUCGGAACACGCGAUGCUCAUGACCAUUUGGAGCAUGAAGGCGGCCAUGCUCGUGCUGUAUGCGAGGAUCACUGACGGCCUUCGCCAACAAAGACUCCUCAUGGCACUUGUCGUAUGGGUCUGUUGUGCAUUCCUGGGAGACGAGUUGUCGCUGUUCCUUAUGUGCCGACCUAUCUCGCAGCAUUGGGCCGUUCCAACUCGUGACCCCACUCAAUGCGCCGCGUACCGGGACUAUCAGAUCGUCAACGCUGUAUUCAACAUCUCGACCGACAUCCUGAUUCUGGUGUUUGGCCUUCCGCCAGUUCUGAAGGCCCGACUGUCCAUCCAGCAGAAGGUGCUGUUGACCUUCCUUUUCGGCAUUGGGAUAUUCGUUAUUGCUGCCGCCACUGCUCGAGCCGUUUACUGUCUGGUUCCGUCUCUGAUCUCAUAUGUGUACAUGUACUGGUACUUUCGUGAGGCGUCGGUGGCCGUCUAUGUCACCACGUUGCCGGGUCUUUGGGUGUUCUUGCGUGAAUUCUUCCCCUUCCUCGGGAGAUUCACCAGUUGCAGCGGCAGCAAGCACACCGAGUCACAUUCAAUCAAGGAUCCCACCCCCUCCCGACGUCGACCGAGCAAAUAUCGCCACCCCUUGGACGCCAAAAGCUUUGAUUUCACGUUAGACAUGUGGCCCACCAGCGGGACCACGAUCAGCGGGCCACACCGCGAGAGCGCGAUACUAUCAGGCGGCCAGAGUCGUGGUCAUGGUCAUGGCUAUGGUCAAAUGAGUGAAGCGCGCUCGAUGAAACUUCUCUCGGACGACCAUGUGGAUCAUGAUAUUCGACAGGAAGCCUCCUUCCGUGUGGAGAACAUGCCCGAUGUGGAGAAGGGAUGAUGUGACAUAUGGCUCAGAAUGAGCUGAGAUAUACAAUAUUCCCACCAAUGGCUUGUUCGAUUGUUGGGCUCUUUCAGCAGACGCGGCAUAUAUUGAGCUUGAAUUGGCCGAACAAAGCACUAGAUCAGGUUCGUGGCGCUUCGAUAAGUGCCCAUUACGAUCUGAAGAAGAAUCUCUUGGCACAGUAAAAUACCUAUAACGGCCGCGACAGACAUGGAACGUGGGGGAUGAUACGCUACUGUGCGUUUGUCAUGACAUGAGUUUGUGGACUGUUGUCUACCUUAUGCUUCCCAGUUUGGCCGACCUCCUCUUCUGCUGGAGCAGCUCGCACAACCAGAUUCAUCCGUUCAGCUGUUGCCAAAUCGUGUUGCAACCCAAAGACCAUAUCUCCGCGAUAGCCCUGUGGGUAAAAUGGCGUCAACAAGGAAGAACGCCCACAGGUGCUGCCUAUGGGACCAUACCUGCUUGGGACACCACCAUACCUCCCCAGGCCGGGACUCGCGGCGAUUCACCAGUGAGUCGCUAGUUUGACUUCUUGGAUGAUGGCCUUGAGACUUUCCACGUCUUCUGUCUUCCAGAUACAUGCACUGUCUAGCCGGUCCAAGUUGUUCUGGAGGAUCUUUCUGUGUCCGUCGUCGUGCACGGUCUUCAGCGACUCCUGUCCCAGGGUGACGAGGGUGCGACACUCUCGAGCUGCGGCCCAGAAGUCGUUGACAAGUGCAGGAUAAUAGGAGGUGUCGUAAGGAACCUGCAUGUCGGAGUCCUCGCCGGCCUCGAGCUUCCAUAGCCACUCUUGCAUAUGUUCAGGUCGCUUGGCGUCUGAAUAGAAAUGAGCAAACAUGGUGCCCGUGACCACUUCCUCAUGUCUGGCAUUGAAGAAUGGUCGGGGAACCCAGAGGACGUGCCUCUGAAAUUCUGCCGAGCAGAUUGUAAGAUCGAGAGCUCUCUGAUCAUAGGCAUGUUCUAGGUCUUCUUCCGGUCGCCAAAUAGGGUAGCCGAAGGCUUUGGUCAAGAUGGUCACCGACCGAGGAUGCACACGGGUGAAGAAGAUCCCCGUGUUCAUGCCCCAUUCGUCGUGGGCAAUGACCACGUUAGUAUCCUCAAACACUUUGUCCGAUAUGUUUGGGACGAAGACUUCCAAGGGUAUCUCCCGGUUGAUAGCAACGCUGUCUGCAUCAAACCACAUGAGCCACUCGAGGCGUGUGUCUUGCGGCUUCGAGAGUUCGUGCACUAGCAAUGAUAUGAGAUAUAGAGUCUUGCUCCAGUAUCCCUCGGCCACUUCUCUCCGGAGAACAUAUAGCGGAUAGUUGUGCCGAGCGGCAUGGCGAGCGUGAGAGUCAAUGGCGCGGUCGUACAGGGCGGUGUCGUUGCCGUAGGCCAUGCUGACCAGUCCAAUGUGGCCACGGUCCCCAUGUGCGAGAAGUGUACUCGGCGUCUGAGACUCUGCAAGCACUUCGUAGGUAUGAUUUUCUUGCUCACCGGGCGCCUCGGGUCGAAGGAACUGGGUGUUAUCAAACGGAGUGAUUACAAAGAUGAUAAGUAGGACAAUGGCCACCGAGGCCCACAGCCGGAAACCGAGCCGUUGUGAGCUGCCAGUGGUUGGCAUUGCCCAUGCCGAGAACGCCAUUUGGUCGAAGGUCAUUGUGGUUAAGAGCUGCUUCGAAGGCUAAGUGCGACAGAACAAUGAAUCUAGCGCAGAAAUAGAAGUUCGCCGCCGGUUGGGUAGCAAGCAGAUCGUGGUGGGCAAUUCUGAAUCCGACGCUGACCUUGAAGAGAAGGAAGAGGUCUAGGAAGGCAGGAGGGAGAAACAACAAUGCGCCUAGGCACAGGAAUAGAAAUCUGCCUACCCUCUAAAGCGGGCAGGUCUCCUUAGGAAGUUUUGGGCCGGGCAGUGAGCUCAGAGGAGCUGGAAAGAUGCGGUGAGGCAAGGGAAAGGAACAGCACCGAAUCCAGAUGCUGGACGGAAAGUUCGCCUCCACCUAGAUAGCGAUCAGCUUUGAUAGGCGGUUCUGAACCCAGUAACUGCCUCAACAGAGACGAGGAGAGGUGGCGAGGCAGGGAUUAUGAACAGCGCAGAGUCAAGAGAAGACCGGGGUGCUCGGCGGCAAGCAGCUAGAAAGCAGCAUAUGGCAUGGAGUAUUUGGCCCAACAAUGAGCGGUCUCAGAGAAGAUGUGUGAUGCGUCAAGGUCGUGUUAAGGAACAACAAGCAGGUCAGUGCUCCAGAAAGGGGCAGAAGAAGAUGGGGAUAUGCGGUAGCUGUGUAAAGCACACAACAGGUCACUGUGCAAGACAAGUUGUGGGCGA